AUGUCAAAGAGACCAAUCCACCAAUAUAAAGAAGAACAAUUGAUAGAAGCUAUGGCGGCGAUUAGGAAUGCGAAAUGUGGCUUCCCAUUAAAACGUGAUGAUCUCCUGAGUACCGUCCACAAUAUUAUAUCUGAAGAUAAAAGACCAAACCCAUUUGUAAAUAAUAGACCGGGGAAUAAAUGGUACCAAUCAUUUCUGAGACGAAAUCCUGAGUUAAGUGAGAGGACGCCUGAAAAUAUAUCGAAUGGUCGAGCCGCUGUAACUGAAGCAGGUAUUUGGAAGUGGUUUGCUGAACUUAUAUUAAUAAUGCCAUACUUGAAUCAAAAGCAAAUAGAAGAGUAUUUAGCUCUAAUAAAUGAUGGAGAGAUUUCGGAAGAUGAUCUUGAGGACUCGGAUACAGAAGGUAAUGAGAAUUUUUAUGAAAAUGGAGACGAUUUACUUCACGAUCUUGAGAGUCCAUUAGAAAAGGAAAAUGAUGACCCCGAUAAUGAUCCAUUCAUGGCAGGAGACCCGCCAUUGAUAAAUGAACCUACAGCAAAUGAUCAAGUGCCACAGGUUUCAUUCCCCUCAACAAGUCAAGCUAAUGGAUGCGCAACUAUGAGAGGACUCGUAUGGAAGGCAGGUAAAGCAGAAUUUGGAUUUCGAGCCACGGGAAUAUAUCCAAUGAACCCAAAUGUUUUUACCGAUCAAGACUUUCUGGCAGCGUCGCUGAUGGCACAAAUCACUGAAAACCAAGACCCUAAUGUCCAGAAUUUUGAAGAUGAACAGUCUGAGGGUAUGCUUAUUUUAUGA